UGAUGACCUAGGCCUCCAGUUCUUAUUUGUGACAGGGACACGCAUGACGCGUCAGAAAGCCCACGUGACAUCUCUCAACGCGUUGCUUGGUCAGCAAAUCAACAAACCAGCACUCGUCGUCCACGGCCCUCAUCUGAAUCGGUCAAGCGCAACGCAUUGCUGCAUACACCUCAACGCACUGCACAUCUAUCGACACCCGCCUAUACAUACACGCCAGCCAUGCCUCCUGCGGCGGAGCCAAGCAUCCUGCGGCACCUGCCACCCGACAUGUCUGCGCUCAGCGACUCCUCGCAGUCCUUCUCGCUGUCAUUCCAGAUCCCCGAUGCGGACGGAGACGACCUCAUGCGCACCGACCUGGGCAUGGGUAUGGGUAUGGGCAUGGGCAUGACGGCCGGGGAGAGCGACUUCUCGUUUGGAUUCGGCUCGGGCGCUGAUGCUAGAUUCGAUUUCGCCGGCGCAGGAGCUCGACUGGGUGUGCACGACGAUCAGAGCAUGGCCUGGGAUAUCACGCGGGACGAAAUCGCUCCCGCUCUGCGCUCGCCGGUAAAGGUCACCCUACGCACGCCGCGCCGCGCCAAACAGACGUUACUCCCGACGACGAGGGACAAUGUAGAGCUGCAACAGCAGACUGAGCAGGAGGAGGAGGAGGAGGAGGAGGAGGAGAAAGAGUUUAGGGCUGCCAUGCAGGCGCAAUCGUCUCCGCCAGGCCAUUGCGCGCCUGCCCUGGACGAUGUCUCUAUGUCAUACACCGAUUCUCCGGCAGCAGAGCUGCCUGUCUCUCUACGCAGCGCUUCGGAAGACCGCACGUCGACGCCCAGAGCUCAAUCACCGACACCGGAGGCACAAACAUCGCCAUCGCCAUUCCAAGCAUCCAUUCCUGAAGCACACAUGGCGACGACUGAGGCUCCUGAUUCAUCACUCGAGAAUCACACAUCAUCGGACAAUGUGGUGGAGGACACAACACCUUCCAUUCCAGAAAAGCAACACGAACUGCUGCCUCCGGACGAAGUAGCUAUGGCGCACCAGGCCGACUCGCCACCCGAACCUGCUGAGAUUACUGUGGAUGAAAAUCAAGAAAACAAGCCAAUCACAACGAUCCCUGGUCCCAGCAAACUGAAGCCAACUUUGAGGCCGCCGAAAUCCAAGGCCACAGUCCGGCAGACCAGUGCUGCUGGGAUCCCGAAACCGGGCUCGAUGAAGGGGCCGGUCAAGGCAACUUCUACUACUUCUGCAAGGCCGGUGGUGGCUAGAACUACAAAGCCCAAACCUGUUCCGGUACCAGUACCCAAACUGCAGCCGCGUCCGGCCGUGGAAAGUACACCAUCGACCACACAGGUUCCGGAGCCGCAGCAGGUUUCCGACGACCAAAGCGUGGAUGCAAAGGAGUCCAUAGUAGACGUGGAACACAAGGAAUCAGAUGUAAAGGAGGAGUUGUCAGAGAUGCGCGAAGCAUCUGCUGUGGUUGCUGAUGUCGAGAUGGCUCCGCCUCUUGAGGAAGACAACAGUACAGCAUCUCCACAUUCAGUCGCGGAUGACAACACCGUUGCUUUGGUCCACGAUGAAGAAGAAAAGCCGACAUCUGCCUCAGAUACGGUAUCACCAGUCCAGGACCGGACAUUCGACGAGGCUGACAACCAGAAUGGAGGAGUCGAGUCCACAGCAAUCGAUCCAGCCGAACCCGAAAUGACCGCCCCGGACAACACCCCGCUCACGCUCUCGCAACUCUCACCCCGGAAAGUGGCAUUAGUGAGGGAGUCAGUCCCGAUGACGACACGGACUAGUACGAAACGAUCUGCAUCUGCGGCAGCACUGUCCACUGCGGCCACUGGGGAUCCGAAAGCUGUGUCAAAGAAGGCCAAGAUUGAUGUUGUACCACCCAAGCCGAAGCCGAAGCCGCGCCUGCCUGCGAGUGGCACUGCAACGGCUGCGAGGAAGAGGAGGGUCGUGUCUGCGCCCGCACCAGCACCCAGAACUCGGAAGAUGAGCGUCUCAGUGUCCAAGGCGCCUGUGCUCCCUCGGUCGUCGAGGGCUUCUUCCUCGAAGCGCCCCGAGUGGAAUCCGGGGCUGGGCGCUAGUGCUAGUGAAGCCGGCCCAUCGCGACAACAGACGGACAGCAUGGACGCCGGAUUUUCGGGAUCGACUGCGACGACGGCUGCGGCGACAAGCAAGGCGUAUACCAUCCCGGACUUCAAGGCGAUGCACGCCUCGCAGGCAGCGCGAUACUCGCUGCGGCGGUCGCAUGCUGCGCCGACGGUGCCAGUUCCGAUAGCGUUCAGCACGGAUCAGCGGGUGCGCGAGCGCCAGGCAUUUGACGCGAAGGUGCGGGAGAGGGAGCAGGCUGAAGAGGCGCAGCGGGAGCGAGACCGUAAGGAUCGGGAGCAGAUGGAGGAGAUGGAGGCCCGGGAAUCGCGCAAGCGGGCUGUGGUUCGGGCUCAUGAGGUGCCCGAGUGGUACAAGGAUGCACCCAAGAGAAAGGGUUUGUAGUGAGGGAUGUGCUCUGAUGCGAUGUCUUUCACGUCGUCGAGCUUUCCUCGUUCUUUGCCCCCAGUUGUAGGUUUCGCGGAGAUUUGACGUUAUUGGACUGGAUACUUGGCACUGUUCUAGAGGGAAGGGUAGACCAGCUCUAUAUGUACCAACUGCAAAGAGUUACAGUCGAGAAGGACUGAAUGUAGUAUUCUAGUCUGUCGAUAUAUGCGCAAUCUAAGAUUCGAGGU